AUGUCAGGAGGAAAACGUAAUCCAGAACUCGAUAAAGAAGCUCAACAAUGGAUUGAAGCUGUUAUUGGAGAAAAAUUUCCGGGUGGUUCUUAUGAUGAUGCAAUUAAAGAUGGUAUUCUUUUAUGCAAAUUGAUAAAUAAACUUCAACCAGGUUCUGUCGCAAAAAUUGCUACAUCAGGCGGUGGAUUUAAAUUACGUGAAAACGUUUCGGCUUUUCAAAAUGCUGCUCGUAGUUAUGGUUUACCUGAUGCUGAAUUAUUUCAAACAGUAGAUUGUUUUGAAAAACGAAAUAUAGCUCAAGUUACAUCAUGUAUUCAUGCACUUGGUCGACAAGCACAGAAAAAAAAUUUUAGUGGACCAACAUUAGGUCCAAAAAUGUCCGACGCUAAUGUACGUGAAUUUACUGACGAACAACUACGUGCUGGACAAGGUAUGGUUGGUUUACUUAAUGAUGGUAUGAAUAAAGGUGCAAGUCAAGCUGGUCAAAAUAUGGGUUUAACACGUCAUAUAUAA